UCGAAUCGAAUCGAAACUAUCGAUUUAAAUACUCCACUAUCUCUAUCUCUGUGUAUAACGUGAAGAAAAAUUCUCCUGUCGAUAAUCAAGCAAAAAUUGUAUAUAACAAGAAUCUGCACGAAUGUUAAAUUAUUUACAGAUUAUAGACGAAGAGAUAUAUAAAGAAACAGACAAUCGCAAGCACAUUCAUUCAUGUGCCCUCGCUCUUGUGGCAAAACAUAAAAGGAAUAGUUUCGUGAGUCCAGUGGUCAUUCAGUUUUUAGUCGCGGUUCAACCACGUCGCUGACAACAUGUAUCGGUUUAUGUUAUUCGACUAACCGAGUGGUGCUCGUUGAAACUUGACGGAAAUGUCAUCCUGAAAAAGAGGUUGCCUAAAGUGAACCGUUCUGCAAUUUCACCGUGACAUUUGUUCCAUUGUUCAUUGCUUGUAAUUGUCAUUUAAAAGUGACAGGCUAUACGCCGAAUAAAACUAAAAUUCGAACAGCACUUCGUGGAUUACCUUUUUUUAGGGGAAUAAAAAUAUGGCUUGUCCCUUAUCAGACGAUAUUGCGGAAGAUCAUGAUCAAGAAACUGAUCAGUUGGCCGAAGGGCCAGGUAUGCUUUAUGGUGAAUAUCUUCGAUUGGACAAAAUUUUAACCGCACAAAGGUUGCUGAGCGCCGAGUACAACAAGGAAGUACACGACGAACAUCUUUUUAUCGUCACUCAUCAGGCAUACGAACUUUGGUUCAAACAAAUCAUCUACGAAUUAGACUCGGUCAGAGGUCUUUUCAACUCCGAGCCAAGCGACUAUGAUUUCAAUGGCACCACCAAUAAUCACACUGCUGUACCAAAGUCUCGGAUCUCGCAAGUUCUAGACGAAUCAAGGACCUUGGAAAUCUUGAAAAGAUUAAAUCGUAUUGUACUUAUAUUGAAACUACUAGUGGACCAGGUGACAAUUUUGGAAACCAUGACGCCGCUGGAUUUUAUGACAUUUAGAGACUAUCUAUGUCCAGCCUCGGGCUUCCAAUCGCUACAGUUUCGUCUGUUGGAGAAUAAAUUGGGCGUGAAACAGGAUCAUAGAGUCAAAUAUAGUCAAAGUUACACAAGAAUAUUCGGAAGGGAUCCAAAAGCCAUCGAGGCAAUUAAACGUUCAGAAGAUGAACCUAGUCUCAGUUAUCUUGUCCAAAAAUGGUUAGCGCGAACACCAGGCCUGGAACCUCAUGACUUUGAUUUCUGGGGGAAAUACAAACGAUCCGUCGAGAAAUUGCUCGUUGAACAGGAGCAACUCGCUCGAAAACAUACGAAAGAACAGCUUAGGAAUUAUCAUUUGGCAAAUAUACAUUCUCGGAAAGCAGUAUUCGAGACAAUAUUCAAUGAAUCUCUCCACAAUGCGCUCGUAUCUCGAGGAGAAAGAAAAUUCGCGUACGGCGCCCUUCAAGGUGCAGUGAUGAUCACAUUGUACCGCGAUGAACCAAGAUUUAGCCAACCUCAUCAAAUUUUGACCGCAUUAAUGGACAUUGAUUCUCUCAUUACUAAGUGGAGUAAAAUACUUGCAUUUCUAUUUUACUCGCUAGAUAAUCAUGUUUUAAUGGUUCAAAGAAUGAUUGGUUCCCAACAACUCGGAACCGGAGGAUCUUCGGGAUAUCAAUAUUUAAAAUCUACUUUAAGCGAUAGGUACAAGGUAUUUUUAGAUUUAUUCAACUUGUCAACAUUUCUGAUACCUCGCCAUAUGAUUCCGCCAUUGACGAAACAAAUGAAGACAAAAUUAUCCAUUGCUUGCAACGGAUGGAAUCCUGAUGACAAUCAAAACAAUUCUGAAUGUACAGUGAACGAUACGUAG